AUGCACGGGAAUGGCAAGCUCACGCGCAAACAGAUCGAUGAGAAAUUCCGAAUCUUCCGGCGCGGUCAAACCGUCGUGGAUCUGGGUUAUGCGCCAGGAUCAUGGUCGCAGGUAGCCGUGAACCGAACGCAACCGAGCGGACGAGUGCUCGGGGUUGACAUUAUCCCCGCGCAACCGCCAAAAGGCGUAUCUACAAUCCAAGGAAACUUUCUGUCGCCCGAGAUUCAAGAAUAUAUCGAGGAGUUUUUGCGCAAUCCGAAUCGAGGCCGAGCACGCCAACCCGGACAUGAUGACCAUGGCACUUCCAACAGCCCAUUGGAAGCGAACGAGGAGGCUGUGGAUGGGACGGAACCUUCUGAGACGAGACAGUGGAGGACGGUGGAUGUGGUGCUCAGCGAUAUGUCUGCUCCCUGGAUGAUGAACACCAGCGGAAACAAUUUUCGAGACCACGCGGGGAGUAUGGACCUCUGUAACGCUGCGUUGCAGUUCAGCUCAAAGGUUCUCAAAGCAGGCGGGCAUUUUGUCUGCAAGUUCUACCAGGGAGCCGAGGACAAGGAGUUGGAGAGGCAGCUCAAAGAGAUGUUCUCGAAGGUGCACCGACUCAAGCCAGAGUCAUCACGCAGCGUGAGCUAA